CAGGUUUCGAACCGCUGUGGUCGCGCUCCUGGAAGUGGCACAGCUGUCACGAGCCAGGAAUUGUACGGCACCCUGCCCACGUCGCGAUGUCGCUCGCCUCCGCCACGUCAGUGGUAGUGCAGCGGCACAUGCGGUGGGCAGAAGAGGAGGGGCUGGCGCACUCAGAGCCAGCAGUGUGGUAAGAAAGCUGCUCACGGGACCCGGCACCGAAGAAACCAUGGGGCAGUCGGGGUCAGGGGCCAGCGCGGGCCACCAGCACUGCAGAGUCGAGUAAGGAGGAGGCGUUGCUGCAAGCAAAGCGGGGGCUUCAGCAGGAUAUGAUCGCCAACCUUUCUAAGCGCGGCUUGUCGGCAGAGCAGGCACAGUCGGUCAUGACGACGCUCGUUCUGGAGAAGACGUCUUUGCAGGACAGGAAAGAGAAACAGCUCGAGAAGGCUGCGGAGCGAGUGUUUGCAGCACGUGAGGCGCUGGAAGCCAAGCAGAAGGAGCUGGCCCAAGAGCUGGAGUACGAAAAGCAGCACAAAGUGGCCUUCUCAGAGACCACGGCGGUCAUCAAGAAAAAUACAUUGGCAAGCGCAGUUCUACUCUCAGGUUGUGCGCGCGAGUGCAAUCUCGACGCCACGUCCUCAGACGACCUCUUGGGAAUCAUGCAAUAUGUGCUGGACAACGCAUGGCUUCGGAGCACCUGGUCGAGCUGGCGGCGCCAGUCACGGACUCUUGCUCCUGCCUGGGCAAGAAACGUUUCGAAAUGCGCGCCGAAGCGGAGGAGCAGGCCCAGCAAGAAGCGGAACGCCAAGCAGCAGCGGCAGCUGCUCAGGAGGUUGGGGCUCAGCAUGCCUGCGUUGUUCCUCCUAGUGCUGGCACCGUUGAAGAUUCAGUCGUCAUCGACCAGUUCGAUUGGGAUGAUCCCGCUUCGAUUGAACGACUCAAUGCAGCAGGCUUCAUGGACUUGGACCCAAGCACGCCUGAAGACCGAACAAAGUUCAAGCGGUUCCAGGAGGUUUUGCCUCUCACGAAGAAGCCGUGCUGUUCCUAACAGUGGUGAUGGAGGUAGUGGGGGUGAUGGCUGGCUCUCGUCGGUCGCCGGAGGCGCAGAUGGAGGUUGUAGGGAUGAUGACUGGUUCGAAGGUCGUCGGAGGCGCACCGGGUUCUGGAUCGUCGCCGUCGGCUUCGCAAAGGGCGGCUUCCAGUAUUUGGCCAUCGCCUCGGUCAGCUGAGUCCGUCCCCUGUCCUCCUGAGAAGCUGGAGACGGCACGGCGCUUGCAGCGCGCUGCGACCCCUCGGGUUGGUUUGGAGCCCGACCGAGAGGGAGGGGAGCACUCGCGGAGUGCUGAAUCGCUAGAAGAGGUACGGGCUGGUCCCCCAGUUCUUCUUGGAGCUGGUAGUCCCACGUGUCCAGCGAGGUAGCGAUGGACGUGUUCGCGGAGGUUGCCCAAUUGAAGUAGGUGACCCACUCGUCCCCACUGGCGCUCGAAGCAGUUAUCGAAAGAACGCGCGUCAUGAUCAUCUGAGUAGGAGGACUGGGAUACUGCUACAGCCAAUGUAACAGCCUUGGUCCAAGGCUCCGGAAGAUGAAGCUGAUCGGUGCCCAGCGUCUCUUGUUCCAGGAACAUAUCCUGAAGUUUGACCAGCAGCUCGCUUCGGCCAAGCGCUAGGUCGAGAACGACAUGGUCGGGGGCCAGAUGAAGCUCGGGAGGGCUGAGAACACUGGUUAAGGAGCGCAGGAGUCCUCAGCGAGAGUCGCAGUAGUCCCUUUUCGCCAGUGCUAGCCAGGAACACACCCAAGUCGUUCCUCAAGGACCUGCCAGUCAGUCGUUGUCAGUUGGUGGCCAUCAACCUGGGGCUCACACUACCAGUCUAGAUUGGCUCUGUUUAUCUUACCCCAAUUUGGCAUGGCGGAGCCCGACAUCUCCCUCCCAGGUGCGCAUGUUCAACCUGUGCCCCUUCUGCCAGGGCCCUGGAUCAUUGGUGGUGGUUGCGCGGGCCAAGCAUGCGCGUGGUGCACUGGCCCACGCUCCACAGUUUUCUCGUGGUAGCAGGGUUCUGAAUGUCUUGAUUUGCUUGAAGGUGCUGGCUGGCCUUGGCGCGCAAGUGCAGACAGUGUUGGGCACGCCGAUUUGCGCGCGCACGCUUGUUUUGCUCGAGUUGCACGGCCUCAGUUCUAGGGCCAUGGCCGAUGGGCCCGAAGGCUUUCCCUUGCAGCUUCCUCCGCCGUGACGGCCAUGCUCGCGCGAGGUAGAUAACCAUGAGUGCUUGCGGGUGGAGGGCGCUCUGGCCUGGGGCAACAAUAAUGCCGUUGAGGAGUGGUUCCUUCGUGUGGAGGACAACUUGAGUCAGCCAUGUGACAUACAUCAGUGCAGACGGGGCAUAGCCGCGGGGCUUAAGUCGGAGAAGGCGCCGCUUGCGCAGGAGUGGAUUCGCCAGUUCAAAGCGAGGUCUUCCAUGGAGCUCAGGCGCGCGGCACGUCUAGCAUCGGCGGUGCGGCGUGCGUCGCAGCAGGGGGCCUACGCGCUGGAGCGCGGCUGGCCCAGGUUCUCGUUCUAGUUCAGACAAGAAGCCCUUGGCCCGAAUGUGGGACCGGGGGGGCGCCUGGGGCCGCAGGGGUCACGUGGGCGCGCGGCGUGCACGUGGUAGAUUUCGUGCGUGGCUACGUGUGCCUCCCCCUCC